CGGUCGUCCGGGGUUAGGUUGGGGGAGUUGUUGGUCCGUUCAGGGCGGGGGAUGACUCACGGCCCAUCCCAUCUCCCCGACGCCUCCCGCCCGCGCACAGCUCGCUCCAUGGCUUAGCGGAGGAGGAGGCGGUGGUGAGCGGGGUGGGGGGGGAAAGGGGGACUCUUAUUUUGUUAGGGGGGUCGGGCCGAGGCCCGACCGGCCUGGCAGGGCUCGCCCGGGGCCGAGCGUCAUGUCUCAUGCAGCCGAGCCAGCUCGGGACAGCGUAGAGGCCAGCGCAGAGGGCCCUCGAGCCGUGUUCGUGCUGUUGGAGGAGCGCAGUCCGGCCGACUCGGCCCAGCUGCUCAGCCUAAGCUCUCUACUUCCGGAAUCCGGCAUUGUUGCAGACAUCGAACUAGAAAACGUUCUUGAUCCAGACAGCUUCUACGAGCUCAAGAGUCAACCCCUACCACUCCGCUCCAGCCUCCCAAUAUCACUCCAGGCCACACCAGCCACCCCAGCUACACUCUCUGCAUCUUCUGCAGGGGGCUCCGGGACCCCUGCCAUGUCAUCAUCAUCUUCAUCGCGGGUCUUGCUGCGGCAGCAGCUAAUGCGGGCCCAGGCCCAGGAGCAGGAGAGGCGUGAGCGUCGGGAACAGGCUGCAGCCUCUCCCUUCCCCAGCCCUGCACCUGCCUCUCCUGCCAUCUCUGUGGUGGGCGUCUCUGCUGGGGGCCACACAUUGGGCCGUCCUCCCCCUGCUCAAGUGCCCCGGGAGGUACUCAAGGUACAGACCCAUCUGGAGAACCCAACACGCUACCACCUCCAGCAGGCACGCCGGCAGCAGGUGAAACAGUACCUGUCUACCACACUUGGGCCCAAACUGGCUUCCCAGGCCCUCACCCCACCACCAGGGGCUGCUAGUGCCCAGCCGCUCCCUGCCCCUGAAGCUGCCCAUGCCACUGGCCCCACAGGCAGCGCUCCCAACAGCCCCAUGGCACUGCUCACCAUUGGGUCCAGCUCAGAGAAGGAGAUUGAUGAUGUCAUUGAUGAGAUCAUCAGCCUGGAGUCCAGUUACAAUGACGAGAUGCUCAGCUAUCUGCCUGGAGGUACCACAGGGCUGCAGCUGCCUAGCACGCUGCCUGUGUCAGGGAGUCUGCUCGAUGUAUACAGCAGUCAGGGUGUGACCACGCCAGCCAUCACCGUCAGCAACUCCUGCCCUGCUGAGCUGCCUAACAUCAAACGGGAGAUCUCUGAGACUGAGGCCAAGGCCCUUUUGAAGGAACGGCAGAAGAAAGACAAUCACAACCUAAUUGAGCGUCGCAGGCGAUUCAACAUUAACGACAGGAUCAAGGAGCUGGGUACUCUCAUUCCCAAGUCCAGUGACCCGGAGAUGCGCUGGAACAAGGGCACCAUCCUGAAGGCCUCUGUGGAUUACAUCCGCAAGUUGCAGAAGGAGCAGCAGCGUUCCAAAGACCUGGAGAGCCGGCAGAGAUCCCUGGAGCAAGCCAACCGCAGCCUGCAGCUCCGAAUUCAGGAGCUAGAACUGCAGGCCCAGAUCCAUGGUCUGCCGGUUCCUCCCACCCCAGGGCUGCUCUCCCUGGCCACGACUUCAGCCUCUGACAACCUCAAGCCAGAGCAGCUGGACGUUGAGGAGGAGGGCAGGCCAGGCGCAGCAACGUUUCAUGCAGGGGGGGGACCUGCCCAGAGUGCUCCCCAUCAGCAGCCCCCAGCACCACCCUCAGAUGCCCUUCUGGACCUGCACUUUCCCAGCGACCACCUGGGGGAGCUGGGGGACCCCUUUCACCUGGGGCUGGAGGACAUUCUGAUGGAGGAGGAGGAAGGGGUGGUGGGGGGACUGUCGGGGGGCGCUCUGUCCCCUCUCCGUGCUGCCUCCGACCCCCUGCUCUCUUCGGUUUCCCCCGCUGUCUCCAAGGCCAGCAGCCGCCGCAGCAGCUUCAGCAUGGAGGAGGAGUCCUGAUCAGGCCUCACCCCUUCCCUGGGAUUACCCCCACCCAGGAAAGGAGGCUACACCAGGAUGAGGCCCCGCCUUUCCCCCCCACCCUCCCAUGAGACUGCCCUGCCCAGGUGUUCUGGGGGAAGAGAUAUAAUGAGACCCACCCCUGUAAACUGUUGAGGAGGAGUCAGAUGAGGCCCACCCCUUCCCCACUCAGGAACAGCCAUGCUCAGCUCCUUUCAGGCCAGGGGAAGGUAGUGAGAUCUGGGCCCAGUCUCUGGAGAUCACAACCUCACCCCCUGUCCUGUGGGACCUGCCUUUGCCCAGGUGAGGGAAGGAGACAGGGUGAGGCAUGCCUCCAUCCCCUCUGGACUGCCCUGGUUAGUUCUGGGAUAAAGAGGUAUCAGAGCUGUGCCGUUCCAUCCCCUCCUGGAACUGCCAGUCUAGUCCGUCAUGGCCAAGAAGAGGAGUUAAGAUGAUAGAGGUCCCACCCUAGGGGAUUAAGCCCUGCACCUUCCCCAUGAACCCUGCCCUGCCCAGGCAAGGAACAGAAGUGAGGGUGAGUUCCUUCAUCUGGGAACUCAGCCCUGGCCUUGCAAUGGAAGAGUCCAGCCCCUCCCCUUCCCUGUGUCUUGUGCAGGAGCAGCCCCGCACAGGUAUGUCAGGCUUGGAGGAACCCUACAACCAGGCUGUCAAGCGGGGAUCACAGCCUUGUCCCCUAGCAACAUCCCAUUCAAGCAUUCCACACCGCAGGGAGGAGAGGUACUUGCGCUCCCCUGCCUUAACCUGGGACCAACUUGACCUAACCUAGGGGGCUCUGAGCCGACCUUGCCCUUGGAGAAGGGGGCAGAUUUUGAAAUCUUGUGGGUUGACAUUCCAGACCUGCAUCAGGAGUGCGAAUCUUAAGGCAAGCGCACUGCCUCCUUCCUUAAAGGAGUUUGGUGAGGGGUUGGGGAUCAAGGAGUACUGAGUGUAGGUGCCCCCAGAAUAGUACCCCAGUACUCUUUCAACAUGUAAAGAAAUAGGAGGAAUGAAGGGGUCAUUCUGGGGAUUUCCCCAGCCCAGGAUAAAAUGGAAGCCUGUCUGACCAAGGUGGAACCUUAGAAGGAGGAUUAUAAUGGAAUUUGUACCCUCUCUUUUGCUUAUCUGAUUUUUUUAUUGACACCCCCCCCCCACCCACCCAGAAGCUAGGUCACCUCCAAUCUCCGAGCACAACCCAAUUCUCCAUUUGGAGAAAUCCUUUCCACGUCAGAAUUACCAAGAGACACUCCCUACCUAUGCCCACCCCCUCCUACCACACACACCCAAAGUGGUCAGCCUUGGAUCAUUGGGGUAACCCCCAAGGAGGGUGUACUAAGGGGACUGUAGGUUUGUGAUUAAAUAAAUGCUAGGCGUGUUUGAUGCGCUUUUAACUUU